CCUAUAUACAACAAAACAAAAAAGCCAAAACGGAGAAAAAAUGAGAAAGAAAUGGAGAUGGACUUGUGGUCCUCUUCUCUCUCUUUUCAAGUAUCUUCCUCUCUGUUCCGUUUUCCCUUGCUUGCUUAUUACUUUUCUCUCCUUGUACUACCACUUCGUUUUUUUAUUUUAUUAUAAUUUCUCUGGCUGGGUUUCCGUUUCUCCUGCCCAUCACUGCACGGUUUUAAUUCCUUCGCUUCUUGCUACGAAUUAUGGAUGCAAAAGGGAAGAACAAGGUGGGAAAAGUAGUAAAAAUAGAAGCUGGGGAGUCUGAUGAGGAGGGAUAUUGCGAGCAGUACAAUAUGGCAGAAGAUUAUCAUAGUAGUAGCUGCAGGAAAAAGCGAGGAGUUGUGGUAAAGAAAGCCACUUCAAGUGGUGCUGGAGCUGGAGGUGGGAGUGGGAGGAAUUGUCAAGUGGAAAAGUGUACGGCUGAUCUGAGCGAUGCUAAGCAGUAUCACAGGAGGCAUAAAGUGUGUGAAGUUCAUGCAAAGGCUCAGGUUGUGGUUGUAGCUGGGAUCAGACAGAGGUUUUGUCAACAAUGUAGCAGAUUCCAUGAGCUAUCAGAGUUUGAUGAAAGCAAAAGGAGUUGUCGCAGGCGCUUGGCAGGACACAAUGAACGGCGCAGGAAGAAUGUGGCUGAAUCAAAUGGGGAAGGCUCAAGCCGCAAAGGGAUAGGCACUCAGUUAAAAGAUAUGGUCAGUGGGCAGGUUGAUGACGAGGGAAGAAUCAAAAUAGCUAUUUAAGAGAAUGCCAGUUACAAACGUUUCCAAGUCAGAUAACUGUUUGCUCUUGAGGAUGCUCUCUCUCUUCUGUCACCCAAGGGAUGCAAUAACAGGGAUAGUGCUUUUAAACAUUGUGUAUGUAUGGAAGAUUCUUAGUAUUUAUGCUGUAUACAAGCCAUUGGAAUCGGAACAUUCAUUUCAUGGUGUUAGGAUUUCUAGCUUAUCACAGCCUUAGGUAUAUAGACUAUCAUGUGGGUUCGCCAUUUAACUCAUAUGUGCCACUUAUUAUAAUUGCUUGUAAUUCCCUGACCCUUACUGAGUAAAUUGGUCACUGUAUUAUCUAA